GCUAGUUCCGGUUCUGCAGACGAUUUGGACGGUUCUGCGGAUAGUUCUGGGGACGAUUUGGACUUUAUAGAUAAUUCGGGCUCUAUAGACGAUUCUAUAGAUAGUUUCCUGGACGAGCUUGGUUCUUUAGACGGUUCUGUAGAUAGUUUUGCGGACGAUUCUGGGGAUGAUUUGGGUUCUGCAGACAAUUUUGGGUCUGAGGCUAGUUCUGGAGCCUCAGGUAAAGGUAGAGGUGGCUAUUGGUCAGACAGUAACUAUUAAAAGCUGGCCGUUUUGGGGGUUUCGUUAAAACCCUAUUUCCUUUAUAUAUCUGAAUAAGGGCAUUUAGAUUUGGUUUCCGGGGGGGUAAUAUGACGGUACUGGCUGGGGGUGGCUAUUAUAUGACUGGUUUCACCUAGCUAGCCGGCGUUUUAGUAGUUUUAGCUAGUAUUUCCCUCUUUUUAUCCCCUUUCCUUCUCUCUCUCCUUUUUCUCCUUAGCUUAGUAUUCUCAAUA